AUGAUCAAGUCGAUCGGCCGAGUUGUGGUACUCAUCUAUGCAUUGAGAGCUGUAGAGGCUCAGACUAUCGGCAAGUGUAGUCCGCCAGUGCUGGUCAACUCAACUGCUGGUGUCAUUGAGGUGAAAGUCGAUCCCAUACCCACAGGAUCCCCCACGGCUUGCCGGAUCUACCAAGACGACUGUGCCGGAGGGAGCGCCUUUACGAUGAUCCUCGAUGCGCCUUGUGGGAACACCGUCACGUCUACUGGUCUUACCCCUGACGUCACCUGCCGCUACUACUGCGAGGGCACCGCCUCUGCGGGCAGUGUAGUUGGCGAGGCCUCUGACAUUGUCACUUAUGCAGCUGCCGGGUUGCCAGUGUGGACGGUCCAGAACACCGUGUUUACGAAAUACGAUUAUGACUGUAUUAAACUGUCUUGGUCGGCCCCGGACCCUCAAGGGUCACCAAUAACAUGCUAUUCGGUGACCCGAGACAUGGACGCUGAUGGCAACUUUAUAGUGGUCUUGCCGUGUGUGCCGAACCCCAACCUUUACUCUCAAGUAUUCUGCGGUCUAUCGAGCCCGAUAUCAUAUCGCUUUCGCGUCUAUGCCACUAAUAGAGUCGGUACCAGCAUCAUCCCAUCGGAGGUGACUGUGAUGUUGAAGAACGUGUUCGCCGUGCCUGAGAGUACCGUCACGUCCUAUGCGAAUGUGGUCCAAGCUGGCAUCAGCAAUCAGGUGGUAGUGCAAGCGGUGGACCCCCUGUCUGGUGCCAAUGAGCUCACGGGCUUCUCGGGUACUCAGUAUGGGAGCCGCCUCCUCGUGUUACGGUUGUUGAACCCGAGUAAGCUGGAUGAAGUCACAAAAACCAUUGAAGCUCAGUAUUGGGAUAAUCAGUGGCUCUAUGGUGUGCCUCAUGAGACCAAACAGCAGCCAGAUAUGAUACUAGACUGGGAGAGAGGCGACCUUACAGGGUAUGCCGCGGACUUUGUAUCAGUUCGCUGGACUGGAUUCAUCCAGUCGGAGUUUUCAGAGGACUACACCUUCUAUGUUGAUGCUGAUGAUAACGCCAGAUUGUGGGUAGAUGAUGUGCUCCUAUUCGACAAGUGGAAUAUCUGUUGUGGUGGAUUUUGGGGUAAAGCCCUGCUCACAGCUGGAGGCUACCACUACAUCAGACUAGAAUACCGAGAGCUCACUGGAGAGGCUCAUAUGAGGCUGUAUUGGAGUUCCUUUUCCCAAGUCAAGGAGCCUAUACCGUCCUCUAGAAUGUUCCGGGCUCCUGCGAUCACGGGCAUGCCUAUCGCGAUCGAGGUUACGGUCGGCGAUCUGCUCCCUCGCAACUGCUUUGCCUACGGUGAUCAACUCACUGAGACGACCGCUGGCUUCCCGAGUGUGUUCUAUAUCCAAGCCCAAGAUACUGAGGGUAACAAUAUGACCGAUUCUAAUGGAGCGGUCUUUGUGGUGGACUUGGUCGACAGUGGGAGCACCAUCUCGGUGGUCUCGACUCCCCUGGAUGAAUCUGUGGGUCUUUACGCAGUUCAUUAUCUUCUGACCAAGGUCGGUACCUAUACAGUGACGAUCAAGUCGAGCGGUGUGGAGAUAGGCAAUUCGGGAGGUGCCUUGGUCGUGUCCCCCGGACCACCUGCAGCCUCUACGACGGUGGUCAGUGACGGUCUGGCUGGGCCCAUAGACUUCAUGGCAGGUGUGCCUAAAGUUGUUAAGGUGACGGUGAAGGAUGUGUACGGCAACCUCGUGGUGGAACGAUCUCAGGAGUCCAGCUUCAGUUUAAGUCUGAACUGUGAAUGGAAGAACUACUCAGUGACGAGCUCAUUGACACUACUAGACGACACGCCGCAGUUGACCGCUGACUUUGGUCGUUAUUUUGAACUUUCUUUGCCGGCUCGGGCAACUAUGACUACGGGAGUAUACGAGCUCACGUUCACCAGUUUGCGAGCGGGAAAUAACAGACUUCACGUGCGACUCGACGGCGAGCAUAUUCUGGGUUCCCCAUACGACAUUGUGGGAGAGGCCAAUUCGGCGUCGCCGUUUGGACCGACCAGUGUGCUGCAAUCGGUGGACCCGCCGAGCACGGUUCAGGCCGGAGUGUCUGUUAACGUCAUGUUGCAGCUGAGAGAUACCUUCGGGAACAUCAUAACACAGCCUAAGGCAGGGGUGGGAGUAACCGUGUCCAUCGGCCCAGCGCCUUACGACUAUGGUCUUUGUCUUCACGAGCUCUCCGGUGCUUUCCGUUGCAUUAUAACACCGCGGCUGGCUGGUAGCGGUAGGUUCCUCUCGGUACGGGUCGAUAAAAUUGACGUGUCCCGGCAGCAAGCGCUCAACACGAGCGCUCAGCUUGUCCAGGGACCAUUCCAGGUUGAGGUUCUCCCUGGUAGUGUGGACCCGAAAAACUGCGAGUUAUUUUACGUGAAGAAAAUGUAUGUCGCGGGGACGUACGAACCGGCGUUGUUGGUCUUGCGAGAUAAUUACACGAAUAAUCUACUUAGCGGUACGGCCAGUGUUGUGGCCAGCCUGAACGGUCAAAGCCUAAACUCCAGCUCCAAUGGCAAUGGGACGUACACGCUGAUGUUGGGUGCUCCGACAGUCGGUCGCCGAGUACUGCUCAUUGUUACUGUGAAUGGUCAAGAGAUCAUGAACUCGGCAAACCUGACGGUGGCAGGAGUGAAUAUUGUACCGGCGUUCGCGAAUCAAAACGGCACUCAGUGCGACAUUCCGCAGACUUACAUUGCUGGUGAAUGGUCAGUCUGGAAGUGCUACCCAAGUGACUUCUGGAGGAACCAUAUUAACGCGACUGAUGUCCAUCUCAUUGCGGAGUAUUCUCCCCUUUUUGCUACGACUACCCCUGUUCUUCGCUUGAAUGGUUCAUACGAGACGACUAGGUCGGGAGACUAUGUGUUCAAUACAACUCUGGAGGCGGCAGGCUUUUACAGCAUAGUGGUGGACUUAGGCCAACCAGGGGGUCUGCUAGGGGAAUACUUUCGCGCAACUGGCCUGCAAUCACUGGUCGCGUUGACCAGUGAUCGGCGUCAUUACAAUGACCAGGUGUUCCCAUACACUAGGCAGGAGGUGGUCGACCUGGCUUGGGAAGGGGUCGCGCCAUAUGAUGAUAUGCCCCGAGACUACUGGAGUGCUCGAUGGACGGGGUGGCUGCUACCGAAUGCUACGGGUACGUUCAAGAUCUAUGUUGAUGCUGAUUACGCUGCAAGGCUGAAGGUCAAUCAUGUUACACUGGUUGAUAAAUGGGAGUUGGCCGACAUCGACGGACUAGCGGUCUACGCCUGGGGAAGUAUCUACUUGACGGAGAACGAACCGGUCCCUGUGGAGUUGCUGUACCAGCAUAGUACCAGUGGUGCAUUUGUCACCUUGUCGUGGUCCGGCGUGGACUUUCCGAAGCAUCCUAUACCUGCCAAGUAUCUCCUGGGUCCCCUCAAUGUCUUGGCUACGGACCAGCGCACAGUGGUUGUGGCUCCUGGCCUGGCCUGGGCUAACAGCACUGCCGCUGGGGCGGGCCUGUCUCAAAUGACUGCUGGGAUGAUCAAUACCUUCACGAUGCAAACGAUUGAUAAAUUCGGCAAUACGAGGUCAACAGCGGAUGACCCAGUUCAAGCUGAGUGUUGGGAUACUAGUGUUGUCAAUGAGCUCGCUACUUGUCGCUUCCGUGUCUUCGUUGAGGAGACCGGAAGCAGCGCGAAUUUCGUCUAUGGUAAUUUCACAUACUCCUCUGGGGGGCGUUACGUGGUAUCGAUAAGUCCGAGGAAAGCUGGACAAUGGAAUAUGAGGGUACAGGUGUGGGUUGACCAGAAGAGGUGGGAGGAUAUUGUCAACUCGCCAUUCAGUGUAGUGGUAUCCCCCAGUACUGUGGUGGGCUCGAACACGCUGAUAGAAGGCUCAGCUCAGACAGAGUGCUUUGCUGGGCGGGAAGCCUGCUUUAAUGUCACCAUGCGAGACAGUUUUUUGAACAACGUCUACGGCUUCAUAGCGGAGGGAGCUGAGGACGUUGAGGAGGAUCCACCCACGACCAAUCUAGGCCCAAUGACCAAAUACUGGGGACUCGGCAUGUGGCAGUAUUGCUACGUUCAGACUACGGCGACACAGGUAUGGACGGGGCUGAUAGUGAUGGUCAGAGGCACUAAUAUUUCUUUGAACAUAACAGUGAAGGCUGCACCCAUCGAGCCGUGGUUGAAGCUGAACUAUGAUUUCAAUAAGAAUCUUUCUCUUCGCGGGACAGCGUCAAGUGGUUUGAGUAAAGUGCAAGCCAACUUGUCGUAUAAUAUCACUCUGACGGCCCGGGACGAAUUUGAUAAUAUUGUCACUGGGGACCCGACAAUAGAUGUUGCCUGUUUCGCCGAGGGACCGCAAAGGAUCGACCUGAACUCGGCGCCGAGGGUGGACGUCGAAGGGCUCCUCCCGAGUCGAGAGCCCUUGUUUGUUCAUCAGACAGGCGACAACGUUUGGCAGUUGGUGUCGAGGUAUCCUGAUAGCGGCACUUGGCAGGUCAGAUGUUUCGUUGCUAAACAGGGAGGCCUGAAUGCUAAGUAUUGGCCGACCAAGGGUUGGGCAGGAUACCCCACGGGCGAGUUCGUAGAGCCGUCGAUGUGUCUUGAAUGGGGCCAGGGUACGGUGGGUCCUUCACAGAGACUGGACGAUGUUAGUAUGCAAUGGGAUGGCUAUCUACGGGUUGAAUACGCGUGCAAUUAUACACUGCACGUUGAGGUCGAUGAAGCCGCCUAUAUUUGGCUUGGAGAUCGGCUGAUACUGCGGGUGGAGAGUGCCGGGAGCUACGAGGUCUCUCAAGUAUCCAUGGUACCAGGAAAAAUGACCCCGAUACAGAUCUCAUAUUGGGAUGGAGACGGAGUGGCCCGUCUCUGUCUCUCGUGGAGUUGUCCGGCCUUGGGUGUUGCGAAGCAUGCGAUCCCGACUACCAGUCUGUUCCACUCGGGCAUGGAGUUGGAUGGUCUAAAUCCUAGCGAACAGGUGACGGUGUACAAGCCGCCUGAACUGGUGAGUGCCUUUUACAGGGCCAGCCCAUUCAAUACGAGCGUCGCUAUACUUGUCUGGGAGCCCCCCUAUGAUGAUGGGAAUGACGCUAUAGUGAGCUACGCUCUAGAGAGAAGAGAAGAUGCCGUAGGAACAUGGACGACGCUGAACUCAACUCUGACGGUUGAUACGCUAUCUUACGAACAGACCGCGCUGAACAACAGCGUGCCAUACUCCUACCGACUCGCAGCCUCGAAUACCUUAUUAGGGUCAUCUCGGGAAAUAUCUGUAUUUCCGUGCAUGCUCCCUGAUACACCGCCGACACCAGUGCUCACUGGAGCGUCCAGCGUUGAUACGACUGGGAGCUUAACAGUCUUGUUGUUGGCUCCGAUGACCAUCGGCUGUGGCUCGAAUACGUUGCCCCCAACUAUAGGGUGUACGUUGGCGUGGAAUGAUGGUUUAGGAGGUAGCGUACUACGAAAUGCGGUAUUUCAGUCUACCAGUGCGAAUUCGACGAUGGUGCGGAUCGACAAUCUUAUCUACGGGAGGGUGUAUAAAUUUUCCCAGACUUGGUUCACUCGUGUUGGCGAGUCGGAACCCUCGAGUGUUGCCGAGUUUACAUGCUGCGACUGGUUGAUACCAGGCCAAGUGCUGAACGUUCGGCGAGAUUUCUCGGCUGUCCAAGCGAGUGACACAAUAACGAUCAUGUGGGAUCCACCGACUGAGGUCGGCAGCUCGCCUCUGGAACGCUAUAGGGUCUAUUACUCCCCUGGUAGCUAUGAAAGCUCUAAUGACACGUUGAACGCGAGCACAACGUCGUUGUCAAUAUCGGGGCCGUUUGUUGAGAGUGAUUCGCCCAACGAUGUUUGGAGGUUCCAAGUUGUGGCGAUCAAUGCGGCUGGAGAAGGGCCGAGAAGUGAUCGCAUUACACUGCUGGCUACCGCUCAACCGACUGCGCCUGUGGAACCGGAGCUGGGUUGGGUAGCGAGCAGCUCUAGUACGAGUAUAGUGCUGAGAUGGGAUGCUCCGGCCAACACGCUCGUGUCUGGCUAUAGGGUAUGGAUGAAUAGCGGAAACAAUACACCUGUGGAUACGCUGGUCUACGACGGUCAGGGUCAGAGCUCAGUUUUCACCUUCGAGUACGCCCCGUUGCAGGCAGAUGCUGAGGAGGUGGUUGCUCUGACGUCUGGCGAUUUGUACACGUUCCGCGUUCAAGCUCUGAACCAGGCUGGUGAUGGUCCAAUGUCUGAAGACAUCAUAGUUUAUGCUGCUAGCAGACCAGGAAGACCAGGGCGACCGCGGAAGGGUAUCAGCAGUGCGGGGUCCAUCUUGGUUGAAUGGGAUGCUGUUACUGAUGAUGGUGGGAAGGCUAGUAAUUUACGGUAUACUCUAGAGCGGUCCCAGAUGGGAGGAGCCUGGACAACAGUGGCGACUGACUUGACUGGUCUCUCUUAUACGGACACGGCGGGCAUCAGCUCCUACGAGGUCUAUCGAUAUCGUGUAUACGCGGAUAAUGGCGUUACGGUGGGGUCAGUGGCGUAUAGCCAAGAAAGUGAUCUCAUGGCUGGCUCGCCCAACGCGGCACCAAACGCGUCUUUUGUGGGCAGUACGGAGAGUUCCAUCUCGAUCUCAUGGACGAUGCCGAGUUCGCCACCGACUGUUACUGGCUAUAGGGUGUACGUCAACUCUCUGCUCGCGUAUGACGGUACGGGCAAUGCGGCGACGGUGGAGUACACGUUGGCGAACUGCACGCUGGGUGAGUGGUACGAUAUGCGCGUUACAGCUUUGUCUGAUGCGGGCGAGAGCGAACAGUCCUCGACCUGUUGUGUCAAGCCUUGCGGUAGGCGACCUAAUAGACCCGAUCCACCCGAGCUCGUGAGUAGCAAUAUGACCGCUAUUACUCUGAGAUGGUCCGCACCGAGAGACUUGGUCGGGUUGCCCAUCACGGGGUAUGUGGUCCAGCGAGCAGCAGCCGGUUCCUCCUCGUUCACGAAUAUCGCGGCCAUGUACGCCAAUAUUCUGGAGUACACUGAUACGACAGGGGUGGUGACAGGAAACGGGUACCGUUAUCGUGUUUAUGCUAAGAACGCGGUCAAUGACCUCACUGCUUGCAAUACGGCCGAGUACAGCGAUUGUGAUGGAGAUGCCUCCGGACAUCGGACGCUGUACGCAUGCGCACCGCCAAGUCCACCUAGCAAUGUUUCGAGGAUUGCACAAGCGUGGAGUCCGACCGUAAUAGGCAUUAGUUGGUUCCCUAUACUCAACCUUGUGGAUAGCGGAGGAUGUCCCAUUACGGGAUAUAGAGUGUAUGCCAAUCAUGGCUUAGACGGCUUACCACUGCAUGUUGUGUAUGACGGGGCGAACAGAGCUAGCGUGCUGGAGUACAACUUGACAGACCUGAUCUCUGGGCGCUACUACUGGGUUGCUAUAGCCGCGAUAACAGUGGCAGGUGAAGGAGCGAUGACCCCCCGCGUGGCAGUCUAUGCUGGGGUUCCUCAUGGAAAACCUGUGAUGUGGGAGUUGGAGCAUGACGAUGCUCUAAUGGGAAGCAGCUCGGCCGUCAGCGUUAAGUCUUGCACCGUCGUUGAUCCUUCCUAUGUGAUCAGCGGCCUCGUCCCUGGGCAAUACUAUCGUGUCCGGGUUCGGGCCCAUGGUGUCUGUUCACAGAACAGUACGCUAGCCAGCUAUCCUUGUCCGCUCGCUUGCACCACGCCGGGGGAAUGGUCCGAUAUUGGGACCUUCGUGACGGGAAGACUUCCUGAGGACUUCACGAUACAGGUCAUGAGCCACCUCAGCACGACUACGAGUUUGACGGUUGGUUGGAUAUCUUGUACCAUCGGUAACACGACGACAUGCGUCUCUUCGGCGGACCUUCCACUGACGGGCUUUACAGCAUUCCGCGACGAUUGCAAUGGUGGUGAUGUCGAUAUCCCUGUCAAUACAGCGAUACUGGCGACAGCGACUUCUUAUGAGUACACUGGUCUCCCGACUGGCGCUAGAGAAUUCGUCAACAAGCUUCGUGCAUCUCAAUACAUACAUCCCUUCGGACAAUGGCGGCGCGUCAAUCAGUACCAGACCAUCGCGGUGAACAGCGAGGGGGUGGAGUCGCCGCGGUCGGCGGUAGCCACUCUGAUAGCGGCUAGUCCACCUGGGAAGCCAGACUCAGUAAAGGGGCCCAACUCGACAGCCUUCACAGCUCUGAUGCGAUGUGUACCAGUGGCUCCUUCAGCGGCUCCGACCAAGACUGCGGGUAGCCCGUGGACACUGGACAUUACGUGGCUACCAGUGAGCGACGAUUGCGGCUCGGCCGUGUUGGGUUACCGAGUUUAUCGCGAUGCGCAACUAGUCUAUCCUAUCAGCAACGCCUUCCUGAGACCUCCUGUUUUUGCUGGCCUGAUUAGCUCCCACACUGUCUCUCUGGACAUUAUUCCUGCUGAGGACGGCUUUGUAUGGUUGCAGCUGAGCACAGCAGCUCAGGACACACUGACGGCCUUUGAUGUCGUCUACGGUCGAAACAAACAUCCAACUUGGCCGCAGGAGUCCUGCAGAGUUUCAAAGCGACAGUUGACCGGCGGCCAGGUCACUCGUUUAACAGUUCAUCAGUGUGGGAUGAAGCCUGGAGAGCAGUACUGGGCCCAUGUCUAUCUCGAGGGCAUGGACGGUGGGGACGGCGAUGGGGCCUUAUGGAGUGGCAUCCCUGUGCCGGUCCCUAUGAGGAUCUCGAGCCACUUCUGGGAAGAGCCCAGGAUUGUCAGUGUUACCACGAACAGUGUGGAGGUCCGGUUUGGGGCCAGUGCUGGUAGCGGCCGAGCCUGGAUGCAGGUGGUGUCCGAGCACGACAUGCUCUAUGUCAACGCUACUGCUGUGAAGGUUGGUUACAGACGACAUGGUCAGUGUGGGACGACGGAGGACGGCAUUUGGGUGGUUCAGAAUGUGACCAACAAGAUGCUCACGAACUGCAAUUUGAAUGGGUCGGCAACUUAUGUUCUCUUCGUGUACAUCGAGGACGUUCUGGGCCGCAACGACGGUAGCUUGAGUGGUCCUUUGAAGUUCACAGCGCCAGCUAGUAACGAUUUUGAAACAAGUCGAUAUCGUGGCCCGAGGGUCUACUCUACGCCGCGGUCCGCUUUGGUCCAGUUGGCAUUUACCCCGACCACUACGGGGAAGUACUGGGUCUCGGUCGUCGAUGGUGAGGACGUUGGUAGUCUCAAGACCAUAGGCAGUAUUAAACUGUUACAAGAUGCCUUGUGUGGGCUCACCGGCCAGGCAGUCAAUGCGGCUGUUGAUGUUAUGGUGACGUUGAGAAGCUGUGGUUUGUCGGCAGGAGUGGCCUACUGGGCCGCAGUGUAUGUGGAGGAUGGUCGGGGCUAUGGUGAUGGGACUCUGUCGAGGCCUAUGUCACUUCGUAUCAUCUCGGAGAACACGUCCAACUACUUUUUAGUCAACCCGAAUAUUAUGAACUUUCCCACGGUUGCUCGGAUCGAACUGAAUUACACAGCGGCGACUAAUGGGAGAUUGUGGGCGGCGGUGGUCCCGGAAGAAUCUUCGACGUGCGUGUCAUUGGACCAGGUGAAGCGACAAGAACUUGGCCCACAGGAGCCGGUCGAGUGCGGUGUGGUCGGGUUGGUGGUCUCUGGCGGAACCACUAGUGUGCUCACUAUCACAGGGUGUUCGUUGGCUCGAGGCAACAGAUAUGCAGUCUUCGUGUAUGUUGAGGAUUUUCUCGACUUGGGUGACGGUACCGUGUCACCAUCAGUGACGUUCGUCCUUGGCCCUUCCAAUACGUUCGUGUCGUUGCCGUACCUCCACAACCCUCCGACUGAGCGUGAACUACGGCUGAGUUUUCAGGCCAACGCCACGACUGGUUUCAUGUACGCGUCUGUGGUGAAUAGAGUAGACAGCUCAGCCGUCAGUGUUGAUGCUGUCAAGACUGGGACCUUGGCCGUGGGGGGUCCGGGCUGUCGGUACCAUAACAUGACCAUCGAUACCACCCUCUUAUAUGUUAUAUUCAACUGCAGUCUUGAGAGAGGCAAGGCAUACGACCUCUUCGUGUACGUCGAGGACGCCUAUGGUCUGUCGGACGGGACGCUGGCCUCGGCGGUCGAAGUGGUCGUGCCGGAGGCGUCGUUUGGUUUCGUCGUUGGUCCGAUGGUCUCGAGCUCAGCAACACGUGAUGGUGUCACGGUGAGGUUCACAGCUGCUCCCACUGAUCCAGUGUGGUUAAGGGAAGGUGGUCCUGACCUCGAAGCAUGGACUGGUCAGGCAUGGAUAUCGAUCAUUCGGGCGAGCGCGAUGGGUUUGGUGGCCAUAUCUAAUGUGAAGAAUGCUACAUAUGGUGUUGGUCAUGGUACGGAAUGCAGGCGGAGCGGAGUUUUGGUGACGAAUUUGACUGAGGUUACGCUGACCAGCUGCUCAUUGGAACAUUCGGCCGAGUACGUCGCGAGCGUUUACGUGGAAUCGCAGGAUGGACUCUACGACGGUCGGCUGGCCUUCACGGAACCGUUCACGGUGGUGGCUGGUACGUCCAACAAGUUUGCUCACCGUCCAGUGGUGGUGACACCAGUAACCACGGGCGGGUUUGGGUUCAGCUUUAGAGCCGAGUCGGUUGGGCUGUAUUGGGCCAUGGUCCGGGAGUACACUGCAGGCGUGCCGACGAUCGCUGAUGUUAUGGCUGGUGUGGGGGCGACUGGAGGCGUGGGGUGCCGUAUUGUAGGAGGAGUGGCCACGGCUGAUAACGAGACGGCUUAUCUGACGGGUUGCCAGAUGGUUCGGGACCAGGACUAUACCCUGUAUGUGUACGUUGCGAGCGCUGAUGGGUACGGUGAUGGUUCCUUGUGGUUGCCGGGAGUACACUUCCGCACGCCACAGUCCAACAGCUUCCUCAGACCGCCAGGUCCGUACAUCUGGCCGAGUCCACCGUCUAAUACAACAGUGACGGUAGAGGGGAUCGCCACGGUCGAGUCGGGGUUGUUGUGGAUGGUCGUGACCCUCAGGGAGGACCGGGACUUGAUCACCCCUGCUACUAUCAAGGUGGUACCACCACUGUAUUCGGCCGGCUGCUAUAGCCAGAGCGUGAGCGUCACGGCGGGGACCAACCUCAGUGGUGGUCUCAACGUUCUCAGUGGGUGUGGUCUGUGGUCGGGCGAGAGGGCGCGGUACACGCUGAGCUUGUAUGUGGAGGAUACUCUGGAUGGGAACGAUGGCAGUCUGGAGCAGAUCGAUUUUGUGACCAAGGGCUCCAACUUCUUUCUGGGGACCACGCCUAUGGUCUACAAUGUGACGGCUGACGGGUGCGAUGUGGACACCAGGGUUGGGACUGUUGGAAGACUGUGGAUGUUCAUAGUCCCGGAGGGAUGCCACCACAAUCAAACCGCCACAUCGGCCAAGGCCUUGGACUGUCGGGUUGGGGUCGCAGGCUGUUACUAUGAAGGGGAGGCGAUUGGUCCGGACCAGCCCUAUAGGGGCCUUAGGAACUGCUCAUUGAAUGUGAAUGAGAACUUCUAUCUGGUGGUUUAUGUGAUUGACGGGACCAGUGGGGACGGUCUGGACGGUCAGCUGGCCGUUGUUGGUAUAACUGGUCAGGCUGUGGUCGCCAACACGACGGGGAAUCACUUCUAUGAGGGAAGCCCUUUCAUUGCUGCUACACCUGAUGGGGAUGUGGUCACCUUUGGCGUCAGGGUGGUCCGAUCGGGGUAUGUGUGGGCUGUGAUAUGGGAUGGUCAGACCGUGGUCAGUCGUGAUACGAUCAUGACUGGUUCGGCUGCUGCUGCUGGUCGACCACAGUGUAGGAUUGAACGGUCUGGUAUAGUAGGCGAGGUGGAGAGGUCCUUUACUAUGAGAGACUGUGGUUUGGUCCAUGGUCAGCAGUAUAAGCUCUUGGUCUACGUCUCUGGGACCGUCGGUGACACACUGGGUGAAGUCGCUGAAGCGGUGGUCUUCACGGUGGCACCGGGGACCAACAACUAUUUUAUAAGACUACCGCAAGUGAAUGCUUCUAUGGACGCUGGUUUUAACUCGACCACGGUGCGUUUCUGGGCGGCUCGAUCGGGGUAUGCUUGGGCGAUGGUGGUCGCGACCCACAAGCUGCCGAUCCUCACAGCGUCGGGCACUAUGGCCUUUAGCGAAAGGAGCAACCCUCUGGCUGGGGCCCAAGCGGAUAACAACUGCACGCGGGGACCAGAGGCGGUGUACAACGCUAGCUAUACUGUGUGGGAACUGCACAACUGCACUGCUGAAUUUGGUGGUCGAUACAGUGUGGUGGUCUAUUUGUCGGGGGAGGCCAAGGGGACAGCUGGCACGAUUGGGUGGUCCAACGACUUCACUGUUGGCCGGUCCAACAUGUUCCAUGUCCGGCCUAAGCUGCUCAGACCGGCGGUCUCGGACGGGGUCUACGUCGAGUUCGCCUGUGUGGAAACGGGACGGUACUGGAUGCAGAUUGUCACCAAGACCAAUGCUAGCAGAAUGGACCCACUGGGUAUGCGCUCCUGGGGGUCUGCGACUGGUCACGUCGGUAGCUGUAUGCGGUUCGACCAGAGCUGUACCUCGCUGGUGGUGGUAGAGGUGGAGUUGUCGGGCUGUGAUCUCCACAGUGGUACUGAGUAUACGUUGUUGACCUAUAUAGAGGAAGGCACGCUGGACUUGGACGGCGAGAUGGACCGACUUGAUUUUUCGGUGGAGGUCGCCACCAGCUUUAUCGUUGGGCCACGAGUUGUUGGCAUCGCUACGUCGGACGGGUUUACCUUUGAAUUCACACCUGCGGCUGUUGGGAAGUAUUGGGCCUAUGUGGUCCACGAGACCAAUGCUAGUCGUGUUGACGCUGGGUCCAUCAGGGCCAGUCCUAAGGCGUAUGCGGCCACGACAGCAGCAAGCUGUGAGGCUACCGCAGUGGCGAUUGGGACCACGGGCCAUUGGCCCAACCAUGUCACUUCGGUCACCUUCACUGGUUGUGGGCUUGUCAGGACCACCCCGUAUUCACUCUUCGUUUAUGUCGACGACGACUCGGCUGGUGGUAGUGGUCAGCUGAGUGAAGCGGUACGAGUGUUCGUGGGCAAGUCCAAUGACUUCACUAAGAGGCCACAGUUGACCAGUACGCCCACCAUCAGCGUUAUGACGGUAUCGUUUACGCCGGCAUCUGAUGGUCUGGCUUGGGGGAUCGUAGCGGACCGGGGGGCGGUGGUCUCGGUUGAUGAGAUGAAGUCGGUGGCACCGCCCACGGCCUCAGGGGCGACCAGCACUGUGUUUCAAGGCGUGGGCGUGUCGGCUGGAAUUGAAGUAGCGUGGCAGUUUAUGGGGACCUACCAGGCUGGUGGUCUCUAUAGUGUCCUUGUAUAUGUAGACGAUGGUACCAGUGGUUCGACUGAUGGCGAGUUGGCCAGACUGGACGUGACCGUCCCGGUUGCUGUCAGUAAUGGGUUCACUACUCACCCGUACUUGAAUGGCCUCAUAACGGCAGACGGUCUGACGGUAUCGUUCGUACCGAAGAUGGCUCGAGGAAGGGCCUGGGCCUUUGUGGUGAGGGCCGAGGCUGAUGGUGGUCCCCCGACCAUGACCGAGUCCUCGGCUAGAAUGGGCAAAGGAUCCUUGGGUGGUACCCAGUGUAAGAAGUCGGGAGUGUUGGUCACGAACACUGAGCAGACCAUGGUGCUCACUGACUGUCAACUGCACCAUAACGAGACUUUCUAUGUGUGGGUGUAUGUUGAGGGGGACUACUAUAACGCGGCACCGACCAUGCCUGAUGGUUCACUGCAUUCGCCCUUGGUCUUGGUGGUCCCGCUGGACCCCACGGUCGUGGUCCAGGACACGAUGUUGCUGAAGUAUAGGGAUUACGAUGUGAACGAAGGAUCGUCCUAUACGUAUACCAUUCGGGCCGAGAACGCCAUUGGUGUUGGUCACCCAUCGCUCAUGUCUCAGCCCAUGCUGGCUGCGGGACCACCCAGUACGCCAUCGUCGCCUCUGUGUACCACGACCACACGGACCAUGGCCUUCUUGAGAUGGGCUGACCCUGAUGACCAGGGAGCGAUGAUACGCCGUUAUCUAUUGGAAUCACAGCGUGACAACGGCUCGUGGGAGACGGUGUAUUCAGGGGCCAGUACGACCUAUAUUGCCUCGACGCUCACUACUACGGCCCAGUAUAGUUUUAGGCUUGCGGUCACCAACGACGCCGGAACGAGUGGUUAUUCGGAUCCGACAACAGUGUGGGCAUGUGGUCAACCACAGUCACCAAGCGACUUGUAUAUUUCUACUAGAAGUCUCACUUCAAUUUCGGUAGCAUGGUUGGCGCCCUUGGACGACGGUGGAUGCUCCAUCACAUCGUACGUGGUCCGCUGGGACGGCAUCGACUAUAGUAUUGCGGCGACUACGGCGUACACGGCUGGUGGUCUGACUGCGGAGUCGCGGCACACUGUGCAGGUGAGGGCGGUCACCAAGGGUGGUCUGUCGUCAUGGACCAACGAGGCGGCGGUGUGGGCUCAAACGCCGCCCUCGGCAGUGGUUGGUCUCAACGUAUCGUACAGUAAUCGGACUGGUGUUGGUCUCACGUGGUCGGCUCCAUCCGGUGGGGGCAGUGUUAAGGUAUAUACUGUAUUCAUGGACGAUGGCCUUGGUGGGAGCGUGGACCGUGAGGUGGCCAGUCUUGGUCCAUCGGCGACCUCUGCUGACAUCGACCUUGGUGAUGGUGUGGUCGGUGGUAGGCGCUAUUGCUUUGCUGUAACGGCUGAUAAUGAGGGCACGAUUGGUGAUGGUGGUGGAGGAGUGGUAUUGGUUGAGGCCACGAUGACCACCAGCGAUACUGUAUGUGCGUAUGCCUCGGAAGGGCCCUCGAGUCCGCAGAAUGUUCAACUGAUCAGAAGCGCCACUGGGGAGAUGACGGUUCAGUGGUCCGUGCCGGCCGAUGAUGGUGGUCUGACCAUACUGCAGUACGAGGUCGAGGUCAAGGACCAUGCCCUGGCCUAUUGGGUUGUGAUCGGGACCACCAGCUCGACCACUCUGAGUGCCGUGUUCGACAGUUGUACCAUGGGGAAUCUUUAUUCCUUCCGGGUGCGUGCUGAGAAUCUCGUUGGGUGGUCGGAGUAUAGCGCGGUGGUCACGGGCUACUGUGCGCAGCCUCCUGGUGCUCCUGUGAAUUUGGAAAGGGUGAACUCCAGUAAGAAUCAUGUUGGUCUUGGAUGGGACUCCCCUGCUGAGACCAACGGUGCAUCGGUGGUCAGCUAUAAGGUGUACGCACGGUCCAGUCUUGGGACGGGAGCAGCUUUCGUGGUCCAUGAGGGGCCAGCAGGUGAGCGGUAUGUUGAGCAUAGUAGUGGUGUGGUAAUGGGAGCUGAGUAUACGUAUUGGGUGACAGCGAGCAAUGAGGCCGGCGAGGGUGCGGAGUCGAGCACGAUCACUGUGGCGGUCGCUGGACCACCGGGACCACCUGUGAAUAUUCAGGUGGCGUCGAGGUCGCUCACGAACAUAUCAUUUGUAUGGGACGCCCCGACUGAUGAUGGCGGUAGUCCGAUCACACACUACGAGCUGUACUAUGGUACCACGUCUGGUUCUGUCACGACUCGGGCGUGGCUGGGCAGUGGGACUGCCUCUGGCACCAUCUACCUUACUGCGGGUCCCCUGUACUACUUCCAGGUGACCGCUUGUAAUGUGGUGAGCCUAUAUUCGUCCAGCAACUGUACGCGAUCGUCUGUGGUGGCUGAGUACGUGGGCACUGUGGUUCCGGUGGUACCGUCCUUGGAACUGGUCAGCACCAGUGGCGACUCGAUCACGGUGCAGUGGUCUGAGGCUUCUGAUGAUGGUGGCAGUCCGGUGGUCACAUACCGUGUGUAUGUAGACGAUGGGUACGGCGGUGUUGUGUCGCGGUUGGUCUGUGAUGUUCUUGGUCCGCGACUGUGCAUAGCUGAUGGUCUCAGUGGUGGUAACGAGUAUGAUGUGUUCCUACGUGAAGGCUCUGGUGGUCCAUUCACGAUGGUCGAGUCAGUGGGACCAAGCGUGCUCUCAUAUAACCACACCGGUCUUGGUCCUGGCCACACUUACACUGUUAAAGUCAUCGCUUACAAUGGGAACUACGCCAGCUAUGCUCCGGAGGCGAACGUGACCUUCAUUACGGGAUCACCACCGACCGCCAUACUGACCGCUCCUACGUUCGUGAGUGGUCAGGUCUCGCCGACCCUGAGUUUGACCGUGGCCCAUGGCGCUGCGGAGUCGCUGACACUGCCGGUCCUGGAGUACCAAGUUCUCAUCAGACCGUGCAGUGUUGCGGGAAACGACACUUUCAUAUCGGCUCGUCUGGCUGGGUCGUUGACAUUGACGACCGCUAACUACCCACAGCUUGCUACAGCGGUCGUGUAUUGCAUCAGGGCGCGCGCUUUUAACGUCAAUGGUUGGAGCGGUUACAGUCCUACUGUGAGGCUCAUGGUCUCGGACCUCCCUGGGGUGCCGACCACGUUGCAAUUCGUGGAGGGAACUGCUAGUAGUCUUGAAAUUGAGUGGACUCUGGUGGGGUCAGCGGUUGGUUCGGCGCCGGUGGUGGCUUUCGAGAUCGCGUAUGUGGAUCUGACCGCGGAUCCAUUGACUGAGCUCAAGACUGUGGUCAGCGGCAGUGGUCGGUCGGCUGUGCUCGGUGGUCUUACUGCAGGUAACGUGUACCGAGUGAUGGUCCGGGCGUGUAACUUGAACGGUUGUGGUGGUUACAGCUCGUACGUGGACCUGGUCUGUGGUGGUCUGCCUGACGCACCAUCGGGACCAACACUGAGCAGUUCUACUGAUGGUAGCGUUACUGUGGCCUGGACUUUCCCUGGAAGUAAUGGCGGAGUACCAAUACAGAAGUUCAUCGUGUACAAGUCGGUCGACAGCGGUAGCUCGUACGGUCUGGAUUCGUCCGUAUCAGCGAGCACAUUGAUGCAGACGGUGAGUUGUAGUGCUGGUGGUUAUAUCAUGGUCAAAGUGGCAGCGAGCAAUGGUGUUGGUGGGGUGUAUGCUUCGGAACCACUGGGACCUUUCUCGACAGCACUCGGGACCUAUUGUGCGGCCAGACCGGACGCUCCAGUGAAUGGUCCUAACGUAACGGCUAGUAGUGGUCUGUUGACGGUCUACCUACCGUCACCGACGCUGGCUCAGCUCCAUGGUGUUGGUCACACUGGUUGGACAGUGUAUGUUGAUGAUCUUGAUGAUGAUGAUGCUGAGUUCACCACCUUCAGAGUGUAUGACAAUAGCACGGCGUGGCUGAGAACGUCAACUGGAGUGGUAGUUGGUCACAGCUACCGAGCCUAUGUGGAGGUGUGCAGUGUGGUCGGUUGUUCUGAGGGCAGUCCGGUCUCGGAGGCUGUCACUGCUGCUGAUCCUCCGUCGGCCCCCACGAACGUUCAUGCGACCAACACUACCAAUACGGCGAUUACUAUCGAGUGGGACCACGAUGGUCUUGACCGCGGUAGUUAUAUAACGGCGUGGCUGGUCUAUACUAGUACGGAUGGUAGCAACUUGAACCACUCGGCGACCAUCGAUAGUAUGGCCAGUAAUUUCACGAGUCGUACGUAUGUCCAAGACUGUACUCUUGUUGGUGGGGUGCCGGGCUCAAUGGAAUAUGUGUGGUUCGCUGUGGCGGCCCGGAACAUGGUCGGGACCAGCAGUCAGAGUUCACCGGUAGCUGUUCAUUGCAGUGGACCACCGCGAACGCCGACCGUAGCUCCAUAUUUGGUGACCACAUCGGCAAGUGCUAUCACUGUGGGUUGGUCCUUACCUCAUGCUACGACUGAUCUAUAUGGAGCGCAGGUCUGUGUAGACGUUGACAGCACAGUGCAGACUACUCAUCAGUUUGGCUCAUUGGAAGCUGGUCUGACGUAUUUGCUGGCGUAUAGGUUGAGGACCGUUUCGGGUGGUAGCGGCUGGUCACCGACAGUUUCUGUUGUGGCUGCAGCGGUGCCGGAAGAUAGACGACAAUGGAUCGUAAGCUCUGAGGACGGACAGGACAAUCGGGUCAAGAGUGAAUCGGCCCGAAGUGAUGUGAUCACGACACGCUGCUGUGACAGGCCAGAUGCGCCGUCACCACCACAGAGAAUCCGACGGAGUUCGACCUCUAUCACGAUCAGCUACUCGAUCACUACAGCUGGACUGCACUCCUGUGGUCUGGUCGGGUGGAAUGUGUACGUAGACAACGGCGCUGGUGGGCCCUUCACGAUGCAUUACAUCGACGAUGGCAGUCAGCUCGAGUUCACGGCCACUGGCCUGAGUGGUGGCGCCUUCUAUCUGUUUAAAGUGCAGGCCAUAUCGGAGUCGGGAGUUGGGACUGCGUCCAGUGUGGUGAACAUAUCGGCAGCAGACCCCCCUGGUUCACCUCUAGACCUAGCUGUCACUAACUCCACGGAUGUAUCGAUCAGCUUGGCAUGGAGUAUGAAUGGGGUCUCGGAUGGUGGAGCUGUGGUGCUCGGACGUGCCGGACGCUCCAUUGAGUGGUCCGACAGUGGACAGGCAGUACUCGUCGAGAACGGCAAUGCUGUUGCAGUUGAUUACGAUGACGGGCUGAAUGGGCUGUACACCACGGUGAGAGUAGCAUCAGCGACGGCGCGGUCACAGAUGAUAUCAGGGCUGACUGCGGGUAGAACGUAUAGGACUCGGUAUAGGGUGGUCAGCGAGGUCGGCAUGAGUUUGAGUUCACCUGUAGCAAGUCACCUGGCCGCAGCAAUGCCCUCAGCUCCAAGUGCUCCGGUCUAUUACAACUACACUGUGGCUGGUACGACUAUGACGGUUGGUUGGUCAUGGACGGGCGACAAUGGUGGUAGCGCGAUAAUAGGAUGGCACGUUUCUACUGGUAUUACUCCGGACAACAUGGGGUACCCUUUGGCGGUGCCGGUGUACUCGCAGUACUUCUCAUUUGACUGUAUGUUCGUGCGAGAUGCCGCGAAUAACACUUAUAAUCUUCAUAAUAAUUACUCUUAUGUGAAGGUGGCCGCGCUGAAUGCAGGGGGACCAGGGCAGUAUUCACCUGUGAGCCGAGUGUGGUGCUCAGAGCGACCACAGGCCCCGGUGGUAGAGGCUGACGAGGAUGCUACUGGUGACACUAGUGUUGGAAUAAAAUGGACUGUACCCAACGGCACUCUGACCUUUGGGGCUCCGUUGAAGUCGUUUGUCAUCUAUAUGGGAUCGAGCAACCUGAGCCUGGGUCUGCAUGAAGAGGUUCUGGACACGGCUGUUACGACGUAUAGAGUCACGAGUGGUAUUGUGGCUGGUCGGGCGUACUACUUCCAAGUUGCUAUAAAGAGUGCUGCAGCGGAGGGGAACAGGAGUGAGAUGGUGGAGGUUCGAGCAUGCAAAGAAAUGGAGCUGCCUGAUCCCCCAUUCCGGGCUGACGGCAAUGCUACUCACAAUUUGAUAGGGUGGUUGUCUCCGGUACACUACAGUUGCCCUAUCACGGGCUUCCGGCUGUUCGCUCGGCACUCGGGAGUAACGUGGCAGAGCGUCUAUCCCUACGUUGAAGGGCCAGGGGUGAACCUGACGAGUCCAUUUGAUCCGAGUCUGACAGCGUCGUGGGCAAUGCAGCAUUUUGUGGACUGUCGGGAGAGCGCUACGCUGGAGGCAGGUUGGAUGGGAUGCGUGAUGGUCGCAUACAGUGUGUCCUACUACUUGAGGGUCUACAGCACGAAGGGCUAUCGGGACUCUGCUACGGUCACUCUGGCUUGUGCGAGCGUUCCUGCCAAGAUGACCCUUCCCAGUCAGUCUGUUGGUCUGUCGACUUCCAAUACUACUAUUGGGCUCAACUGGACGGAGCCGGCCAUGAACAAUGGCACGGUGGUGGGCUAUAGGGUGUAUCGUGAUGAUGGUCCGAGCACUGCUAUUGACCUGCUCACGCCGGACACCACAUGUGGUCGGGAACUUAUUCCAUUUCCGACCUACUGCACGAUCAGUGGUCUCAAUACUGGCACUGACUACCAGAUCCGUAUAGCAGCUGUGAACACUAUAGGAGAGGGACCGCUCAGCGACGUCGUCACUUUUACGGCGGGCAGCGCCCCUGGAGUGCCGAGUCGUCCUGUGAACACUUUCGCUAGCAACAGUAGCAUGCUACGGUAUCAGUGGACAGCUCCGGUCAGCAAUGGUAUACCUCUAUUGAGAUAUCGCUUCAAGCUGUGGGAGAUCGGCGGUGGGAUGGCCAACACGUGGAUGGGGAGUGUUGGAAGCCCGCCUCCUCCUGAUGUGAAUAUCACUACUGCGGAGGUGCCCAGUCUGGCUCCUAGGAAGCAGUACCAACUGUGUGUCAUGGCAGAGAACUCCCUCGGUUGGUCGUCGGAGUGUAGUGAGUUGUCCAAGUCAUUCAUAUCGGACUAUGAGGACCAUCUGGACCUGCCCGGCUGGACCCUCGACCGCCCCUCUUAUGGAGUGAGCGCUAGUAUCUGGCGUAACGACACUGAUUGGCCACGAGCUGGUAGUGUGAAGUUGCGAUGGAGUGAAGUGUUUGACACUGGUGGAGAUGACCUGGCGAACAUAGAAUAUCAGCUGCAGGGUGGUGCCAACGCGGCUUCCUAUGAGGUCUUAUAUAAUGGGACACAGCCGUGGGUUCAGGUGAGGGCGUAA